UGUUGUCUGGGUGCCCCUCGUCUUCCUCUUCCCAACCCGACAGACAGCAGGGAGCUUAGAAGACCCUUCCUCUCGUUUGCCUCCCUUUCUUGAAUUAUUUAUUGAAGAGAACCGACAGCCCGGGAUUUCAGCAGGGACAGAUGUGAAUGACUUCAAGUGCACUGUUAGCUUUGGCACCUAUAACAUCCUUGCCACAGAUCUCCAAAUGUUUCCGCAUGUGUCAAGAUGUAAUAUUUCCAGCUUGAAAAGUCUCAAGAAAGGGUGGAUUCUGGUAACAUAGUCCUGCCCAGUGUAUCAACAGGAUCUACAUCAACUGGAUGAUCUAGACAUCUUCAGUGACAGGCCCUGAGAUGAAGAUGAAAGUUGCAGCUUUUAUGUUGGGGGUAGCCAGCAUAUGGUGCACUAGAUGUUCUGAACUCACAAUCCCUAAUUCUUGCUUCUUGUACUGACUGCAUUUAUUGGAAUUGGAGUCCCAAAUCUCUGGAGGGUGCCAGGUUGUCAGCCACUAUAAGCAUCCCAUGUUGGCUUGUUAGCUCAACCAAGUUUCAUACCAGGUGGUAUUGGACUAAAAUUCCCAGAGUCAUCAAAGCAGAUGAUGCAGAGAGCAUCAACAGUCCAACAGUACCUUGGCGACAGCAUGAUUUUUCCUCCUACUGUUGGACAAGAAUGGUAAAAGCAUGGGCUGUCUAUUUAUUUUUUGACUUUCUUCAAACCCUGUAAAAAGAAAAAGCUACCUGGUACCAAACCAUAAGCUACACAACCAUUUGGAGGCAUGGCUUGCCAUUGUAAUUUAUUCUCCUAUGCCUGUUUUCAGGUUAUAAAAGUCAUUUUUGGAAUGCAGACAGGACCCUCAGAGAAUGGCUUUGCUGCAUUAGAGUAUAGCAAAUGACAAUGAAAUACUGGAAAGACAACUGUGCAAACCACCUGAUGCAACUGUGACACUUAUUUGCCCAUACACUUUAUACAUUGUAUUAAUAAGUUGUAUAAGUUGAACUGUAACAUAAAACAUUGGAGGUCGAUGUCAGGAUGCUUAUGAUUUGAUAAACACUUUGAAGUAAAUGUCGUAUUUAAUUGAACCUAAUGCUCACCUUUUCUUGGCUAAAUCACCUUAAAAUUAGGGUAUGCAUUAGAGCAAUAUAAUAUGGUAAUCUUAGUGCUGAGCCAAAGUAAAAGGGGAAGCUGCUUCAGGAACACCUGGAGCUCCUCCUUGAGGGAUGUCACCUCUAAUUUAAUUUCCAUGGCUCACUGCUAUGCACUGCUGGGAUUUGUAGUUUGGUGAGGCACCAGCAUUCUUUGGCAGCCCCAAUGAUCCCAAACUACAGCUCCCAUGGCCCCAUAAUAUUGAGGCAGUUAAAGUGGAUUCAUUCUACACUAUAGCAUAGAUACACCCCAAGGUUUUCAUUUCCAUUGCUGAAAGCUUUGGUGUUCUAACACUCUUGUUUUUAAAGAAGGAAUUGUAAGCAUGCAGCCAAAUUACAAAGAGUGCACGUUUUGCCACUGCACUGCACAUUACAUUUGCCAGCAAUUUUUUUCAGGAUUUUAAAAAUUGAGGUAUGCAUUAGAUUCCACAGUGCAUUAGACUCAAAUAAAUAUGAGUAUAUGCAUAUUAUGUGACCACAUUAUUUUUUUAUGAGGCAUCAUUGAACAUUAGAAGUCGGCAGACUUCAGGUUUGUGAAAUAUAAUUUUGAUAUAUUCUGAAAGAGAGGCAGUAUAGUAUAGCAGUUUGAACAUUUGACUACAAUUCUGAGAAAAGAGUUUGAAUAUUUAGUCAGCAAGUAAAACCCACGGGGUGACCCUGGUCAAAUCGCACUAUCCUGGUCUCAGAGGAAGGCAUCAACAAUCCCCUUUGACCAAAUCUUGCAGAGAAAACUUGAUAAUAGGGUCACCUUAGGGUUACUGUAGGUUGGAAAUGACUUGCAGACACACAACCAAAAUAAUAGCUUCAGGGCCAGGUCCAAAAUAAGGAUGCUGGGAGGCAAAGGAGGGCCUCAUCAUUUUAGACAAUAGAACCAUUAUCUGAGAUACAGAAAUAUAUACUGGCUGGUGAGCCCUUUCCCUACUAUUUUUUUUGUGUCUUGGUAUUUCUGUAUGGGCGGGUGAGUGCAAGGGCUUUAGAUUCAGCAGAAUGAAAUAUUAUUGGAAUGUCUUGUUUCAAGCCUCACUGCUUUUAAAGUGACACAGCAGUAGAACUUUUUGCCUGGGACCGGAAGGUUCACAGUAUCUUGGUGCCCUCCUUAGAAGCUUAAGACUGAAUCAUUAAAUGACAAUAUGUGUAAACAUUUUAGACAUAUGUAAUCUGUACACACUUUGGAGCCCCGGAGGCACAACUGGUUAAACUGCUGAAUUGCUGACCAAAAGAUUGGCAGAUCGAAUUCAAGGAGCAGGGUGAGCUCCCGAUGUUGGCUCCAGCUUCUGCCAACUUAACAGUUAAAAAAUGUGAGUAGAUCAAUAGGUAUAGGUACCACUUCGGCGGGAAUGUAAUGGUGCUCCAUUCAGUCAUGCCAGCCACACGACCUUGGAGGUGUCGAUGGACAACCCUGACUCUUCGGCUUACAAAUGGAGAUAAGCACCAACCCCCAGAGUCGGACAUGACUAGACUUAAUGUCAGGGGAAAACCUUUACCUUUACCUAAUCUGUACACAUGAAGUAAGGAAGCAUGGAUGAGCUUUUAAGACUUACCCCUCAUCUAUCCUUGCUGCAUUAAUCCUUAUGUGUCGAAUCCCACUGUCUGCAAAGAGAAACACUCCUCUGCAAUGAAUUUCUAUCUAGCCCCACACCACCAACACACACACUAUAUAAUUCAAACUGGUUCUCUUAAUUUUUCUCAUUUUGAAUAUUUUUUUUCUGUCUAUAGUUUUGCAUGUUCAUCUUGUUAACAUAUCAAUUUUCUUGCUUUUCCCCAUAGGUGAGACCUUAAUCCAUGUUUUGAAUUGAAAGAAGAAAAAUGGGGUUAACAGGAGGAUCAAAAACAAUAGGGAACUGGACCAGCCUAGCUAAAAUGGACCUGUAUUCGAGACUGAAUUUGCCAGGCUUUGACGGUGAUCUGCUAACUGAUCCAAAACAAGAUCUGAAAGACAGCACCAAUUUGGUUGAGGUACAGAUCAUUCUUAUCUGUGCCUACUGUGUUAUUAUCCUGCUAGGGUUAGUGGGCAACUCUUUGGUGAUUCAUGUGGUGAUCAAAUUCAAGAGCAUGCGCACUGUGACUAACUUUUUCAUUGCCAAUUUGGCAGUGGCCGAUCUGUUGGUGAACACUCUUUGCCUCCCUUUCACAUUAGUUUACACAUUACUGGGAGAAUGGAAGCUUGGCCCAGUACUGUGCUACCUAGUGCCUUAUGCCCAAGGCCUUGCAGUGCAGGUAUCUAUAGUUACGUUGACUGUCAUCGCCUUGGACCGGCACCGCUGCAUUGUGUAUCACUUGGAGAGCAAAAUCUCCAAAAGAAUCAGCUUCCUAAUCAUUGGUGUGGCCUGGGUUGGCAGUGCUCUCUUAGCUAGCCCCCUGGCCAUCUUUCGGGAGUAUUUCUCCAUUGAGCUGAAUCAUGAUUUCAAGAUGGUGGUUUGUGCUGAAGCCUGGCCAAAAGAAGCCGUGGUCAGUUAUGGCACCAUCUAUAGCAUCUCAAUGCUUCUGAUCCAGUACGUCUUGCCUCUGGUGAUCAUCUCAUAUGCCUACAUCCGCAUUUGGUGUAAACUAAAGAAUCAUGUCAGUCCGGGGGCAGGGAAUGAUCACUACCACCAAAGGCGUCGGAAAACUACCAAGAUGCUGGUCUGUGUCGUGGUGGUGUUUGCAGUCUGCUGGCUGCCUUUUCACAUCUUUCAGCUUGUCAGCGAUAUUGACAGCAAAGUGUUGGAUCUGCAGGAGUACAAACUGAUCUACACGCUCUUUCAUGUCAUCGCAAUGUGCUCCACCUUUGCCAAUCCCCUCCUCUAUGGCUGGAUGAAUAACAACUACAGAACAGCUUUCUUGACAGCUUUCCGUUGCGAACAGCGGCUGGAUUCCAUCCACCCCGAGGCGUCACCUGCACUCAAAGCCAAGAAGAACCUGGAAGCAAAAGAGAAUCUCUGCAACGGAUCACCGUUUUCACAGCCUACAAGUGUUUGAGAGCCAGAUUGAAUGGGCUGGUGGAGAUGCACGAAUGCACCUUUUCAUUCUUUUCUGUAGAUAAGCUAUAUGUGCUGAAAAACAUGAAUGCAUCUUUAACUUUUGGUGAAUACCAGAUACUGUGAGGGCAGGGGAAUAUAUACUGGAACUACAGGGAGAGGGUAUUGUAACUCUUCUCUUGUGCCGUUUUCCUGAUGGUGUUUAUUCCAGCUGGAAAAAAACCCAUAUAUACGCCCUUGCCAGUUUGGGGACAUAUAGCAAGGUUAGGAAAUAAGUGCACAAGGAGAGGAUUAAGCACUUACUUCCAUGUAGUCCUGAUUCAUAUUUCGCUUUCACCUAGCUUGGAUUUGCACAAAACGGGGAAUUGACACAUCUCCGUUGCAUGUUUUUUUUGUGGCUUCUGAAAGAAAUGAAUAUGGACAAAGGAAACAGUUUGGUGCAGGUUCUCUAUUGACACAUAAGAACUUUUAUGAACUGGAGAAAAUUUUGAGAAGGCUGAAGAAUUUUUCUCUGCAUUUUGAAAAGACAGCCAUUUCUAUUCAAGGAGAAGGUCAAUUCCAAAGAAAUAGGACAGAGCGGUCUGAUUUCUCGUUGCCUAAAAAGAAAUCAGAAGCACAUAUGGUAGGGACACAGCUGAGAUGGUUUUAACAGUGUUUCUAUAAAUAAAACAGUAGUGAAGGGAAAAGGCAUUGGUAGUUGGAGGAUGACAAACAGAUGAAUGCUGGGAACACAUAGUGUAGCCCUUUUGGCUAAAAGAUCAAAGUACCCUCUUGUGGUAAAGAUGGAAAUUGCUUUUGAAACUUAAGCUUGCUUAUUCUAUUUCUGAGAAAAGAGGACCCCAGAAAUCAAGGUGCACAAGGGUUUGUGUUGUGUGCUUUUAGAAAGGCGUUGCUGUUUUCCUGUUGAAGUGGGACCCAAGGUUAACAAAAUGCAAACAUCUACUUACAAGCCCUUUGCAACAGAAAUCUAGAGGACAAACUACUAAUUACAAACAUAGGCUUUAGUUUGCAUUAUACAUACUUGACAUUUGUAGUUAUGAUGAAUCCAGAGUGUUUAUUAUUUCACAAUCUGUUACAGGCAAUUUAAUAAGGAAGUACCCAACAUCCUAUGGUUGUUUUCAGGCUUCUUGUAGAAGGAAAAGUAGAAGGAAAGGUCUGCAUACAAGAUCCAGAGCUUGAAAAAUUAUUUCUGAGAUAAAACCAUCUAUCCCCAAGCAGUAAUGGCAAGAUGCUCUGGUAGCCAUUGCACCAUCCUAACACUGUUCAUGGAGUCCCUGAUGACACAGCGGGAUAAACUGUUGAGCUGCUGAACUUGCUGACCGAAAGGUCGGUGGUUCAGAUCUGGGGAUCAGAGUGAGCUCCCACUGUCAGCUCCAGCUUCUGCCAACCUAGCAGUUCAAAAACAUGUAAAUGUGAGUAGCUCAAUAGGUACUUCUCCGGCAGGAAAGUAACGGCUCUCCAUGCAGUCAUGCCGACCACAUGACCUAGGAGGUGACUAUAGAUAACGUCAGCUCUUCAGCUUAGAAAUGGAGAUGAGCACCAACUCCCAGAGUCGGACGACUAGUCUUAAUGUCUAGUCAACUGUUCAGUUAUGGAUGGUAUCAAUAUCUUGUUACAUUUCCUAGUCUUAAAAGUAACAUUCAACCAUUGAUGUUCCUGAUCUAAAAAAAAGUGUCAACCCACUUGGCCAUUGUCCUGCAAAUAGUCCUUCUGUCUCCCUUUACAAUGAUUUUGUGCUAUUUUCUAUAGGCACCAGGAUUAUGUAGAUGAGUGGUCAGUUAGUUCUUUAGAUAAGAACGUUCCAAAAUAUGUAAACUUCUUCAUAAUUCUGACUUUAUUUAUUUAUUAUUUAUUUAUUUUGUGUCAACAGUGACUUGAGAAACUGCAAGUCACUUCUAGUGGGAGAGAAUUGGCCGUCUGCAAGGUCAUUGCCCAGGGGACGCCUGGAUGUUGGAUGCUUUGCCAUCCUUGUGGGAGGCUUCUCUCAUUUCCCUGCAUGGGAGCUGGAGCUGACAGAAAGAGCUCAUCUGCUCUCCCCAAAUUCAAACAGCCAACCUGUUGGUCAGCAAUCCUGCCGGCACAAGUGUUUAACCCAUUGUGCCAUCGGGGGCUCCAUAAUUCUGACUGAAAAUAUUUGAGAUUUUAAAAACUGGCUUGCUGGAGAAAAUGAAAUUCACAGAUUUGCCCAUCCAGACAAACAACACUUUGGAUGUUUAGCUCUUAAAAUGUCAAGCUUUGCUUCUCUCUGUAGUCAGUGGUUGGUUUAGGCUACCUCUUUUCCCCCUUGACAGGCUCUUCAUCUUUAACACAAUAUAGAUGGUAAAUACAACUUGAUCUGUUCCAUACUAUAGAAUACCUAUGACAAUUGACUAUGGCCAGUGCAGAUGGCUGCAAAUUUCAUUCUGUUAAUUUUGAUCUGAUCCAAAAUUUGCUAUUUUCUUUAUACAUUCAAGAGGUAGACCUUGAAACUCCAAACACUGGCAAAAGCAAAGCUAACAUUUCUCUAUCCCUGGGAGAACAAAGACAUGCCUAUAUACACCAGGAGUGCGGAAAGUAUACUGCAAAGAUAGGAUACCUUUGUGUCCUCAAUAUAUCAAUUUUAAAGUUUGAUUUUAAAAGCCCCUUUGUAUCUUCCAGGACCUGAGGAAGGAAAUUUAUCCAUGUGUCCCCAACUUGUUUUAAUUUGAGUUUGAGCUUUAUCACAAUUUUCCUCCCAAUUAGUAUCUGGUGGCUUUCAUGUUGGCCAUGGUGAAGCCACACUAGAUUUGAAAAGAGCUGUCCAAGGUGCUAAACCCAUUUUCUAAACAGGACUAGAAAGUCCUAAAGGUCUUUCAAAGCAAACACUUUUACAAUUUGACUUUCUGGGAGCAUAUAUAUUCCCUUGGGUUCCAGGGGAAGACACAUGCAACCUCAAGACCUCUGGAAGUUUCCCACCUGAGCUGCACAUGUUUACUCAGAAUACUCUGCCUACAGUGGGGCUUAUUCCCCAGUUAGUGGAUGUAGGAGUAAUGCCUAAUCUAUAUGUUCACAUUCCCCAAGCCUAGGUACUUCAUAGCCACAGUUUGUCCUCCCUGAUUUCAGAAAAACUGCAUACAAUUUAUUGAGAGAUGUACAAAGGGAAUUUCAUGAUUGAAAAAAGAAGUGGUUGGAGUUUAAGCUUGUUUGUAUGGAUAUAUUAGUUGCAGAAAAGUGAGGAACAAAAUAAAAAUGAAAAAGCAACAUAAAUAUGCCACUGUACACACUGUUUUACCCUCCAGUCAAUAUUGGCAUGGGUGUAUAGUGAGGAAAUGCCAAGUGUUUGAACUUUUAGAUUGUUUUUAUAGCCUGAUCCAUUCUUAAACGUUUGGAGGUAAGCCACUUGAUUCCCGGCGGUGUUAAAUUGACUCAGAUCUGAAUGUUUAUCUCACAUGGGUUGCAGAAUGAGCUACUGGCAUAACUAACUCACCAGGUUUGAAACUGUUCCUAGUUUAUUGCAGUAUACUAAAAGGAGACAGUAUGUGAUUUUGCAGAAAAGCUGCUGAAGGCUGAUCAUCUAGUUCUGUGGCUAUGUGUUUUUGCCGUCUAUGCUCCUGUGUUGCACAUCUUGCCUUCGAUCUUCACCCACCAUCACACUCUCUGUGACUAAAAAACAUCCAAAUGGAAUGUAAACAGACAACACUGUGCUGCUUUGUCAUUGUACACUAACAAAUGAUGUUUGCAUGCAUGUUGUCUCCCUUAUGCUCAGGUAUAAGAACUGAUUCUCUUGUAAAUCCACAGCUAUAAAUGAUAAUGCACAGUU